UGACCACUUCGAUAUUUUGUGGUUGAAAAAGCUUUUAUGAGAAUAGGAAAGCCUUUCUGCUGGUGAUUAAAAUGAUUUUUACAAAAAGGCGCCAUCCAUUGACAUUUUUCUGAUUACGACUUACACACAACUGAUGGCUUGUUUUGUCAGCUACAGCUAUACAAGUUUCCACUGGAAAACGAAUUCUUUAAUAAGAAAGACCGAAAUAUGUAGAAAGAAAGGCACUGGAAAAGUUUAUUCCAGUAGAGACUUGGUUGCAGCGCUACCAAAGACUCCAACACCUCAGAAAGAUCCUGUUCAAGAAAAAAACCAAACCAAAAGAAGCAAUGAAACUUCGGUAAACGAGGACUCUUUCUUUUCUCUCAUUUUGAAUCGCGUGGUAGACACAGUCGAUGACGCUAUGGUGCACUUUAAUAGGACAUUCUUUCCUCCCAAAAUAGAUCCUCAAGCCAAAAAACCAACUUUGGUUAUCUUAGGAACUGGUUGGGCAGCACAUUCUCUGAUAAAAGUCAUAGAUACAGUGAAAUACGAUGUCAGAGUCGUCUCACCCAGGAACUACUUCUUGUUUACCCCAAUGCUACCUUCAACUGCAGUCGGAACAGUAGAAUUUAGAAGUAUUGUAGAAACUUUUCGCACAGCAAACCCGUUUGUUGACUAUUUCGAAGCGCAUUGCGUUGAUGUCGAUCUUCAAAAACAGGUGGCAGUGUGUGAGUCCAAUAUUCCUGGAGAAAAGAGAAAGUUUCAGAUAUUUUAUGAUUAUCUGGUUAUUGCAGUUGGUGCUGCUACCAAUACUUUUGGAACACCAGGUGUACAAGAACAUUGUUAUUUUCUAAAAGAAAUAUCGGAUGCUCGUGGUCUUCGAAGAGCUAUAGUGGAACGAUUUGAGUUGGCCAGUUUUCCGGAUAUUAGUAAAGAAGAGAAAUGUCGUUUAUUGAGUUUUGUUGUGGUCGGUGGAGGCCCCACUGGUUGUGAGUUUGCUGCAGAACUACAUGACUUUCUCGUACAGGAUUUGAAAAAAUACUAUCCAAAAUUAUUUGGAGAUGUACAAGUGCUUUUAUUGCAAUCGGGUGAUUCCAUUUUGACGCAAUUUGACCGUACCUUACAAGAGAAAGCUUUGGAGAAUUUUCGUCAAAGUAAUAUUCAAGUGAUCACUAAAGCUCGAGUAACAGAAGUGACGUCUACGCAUAUUCGACUGGUGGAUGGAAAGGAAAUUCCUUAUGGCUUAGCAGUUUGGGCUGCAGGAAAUGGAACUCAACCAUUGACAAGGUUGUUGUUGUCAAAGAUCCCAGAACAGAAGGUUGAUGAAGCUAGAGGUCGACUGUUGGUAGAUUCCUGGUUGCGAGUAAAAGGUGCUUUGAAUGUAUUUGCUGUAGGAGAUUGUGCAGCGAUGGAACCAGUACCUUUACCUGCUACUGCUCAAGUCGCUGGUCAACAGGGUGCGUAUUUAGCACGUUUAUUUAAUCGCGACUAUUGCUUGAGCUGUCCGGUACCCGAGUCGGAAGAAAAGUCAACUGCACCCUUAGCGAAAUGGCGUCCAGGAGGCUCACCUGAAGUAGCAAAACCUUUUCAGUUUUUGUCGCUGGGUAUUCUUGCUUAUAUCGGCAGAGAACGUGCGAUGGCACAGAUUGAAACUGGACUGGAAAAGAUCAAAAUGGCUGGUGUUUUAACUUAUUUGUUAUGGCAGUCUGUUUACAUAACUAAACAAGUAUCUUUUCGCAAUCGAGUUUUAGUAUUGUUUGAUUGGUUCAAGACAAGAGUGUUUGGUAGAGAUAUGUCACAGUUUUAGAGAAAACAUUGUGUUUAGUAGAGAGGGAAAUAUAAAGUGGGAUAAAUGGGGUUGUUGAAGUGUCCACAAGUGUUGGGAAAAGGCCAUUCUCGAAGGUUGGGCCAAGAGACGUGAAUGCGAAUGGAA